AUGAUAGUUUUUGUGAUUGCUCAUGGACCUCCACUGGAACGUGAUAACGAAGAUGUUGUUAUGGGGCGGAAGAUGGGCGCUAAAUGGUGCAGUAUGGCGAAGGUGUGUAACCACGACCGUGUGCCAGUGUGUGGAGUAAGCCACGCUGGUGAUAUUAUGGGCUUCAGGGAUCUUUGCGACAUGUUUGAUUUCAACUGUAUCCGAAGACGAAAUUAUAAGCAAACAGCUUGCCCCGAAGACAAAUCUGUGCUGAGCGUUUCUCGUCGUCCCACUAAUAGUUAUUAUGAUGAUUAG